UUGUCUCCACGUCACCAUAUUUUCUCUGUCAUCCCAGAUCUUAAAAUCAUUGAAAAAUGGAAAGCGGAACCAGGAAAUAAAGAAAAAGGGAUUGAUCCCUGCCCUCUAGCCGUGCACUGUGGCCACUGUCCUUGGAUCCGAUCUUUUCCCUUUUGCUUUGUUGUUUUACACGGUAUAAAGAGGGGGACAGACACCCAAAGAUUCAUGAAUCAGAAGAUCCUUCGCAGAUUCUUUAGAUUCGUUCUUUGAAAUUCCCCUUUGUCUAUCCCCUCUUAUCCCUCAACUUUUCUUCUUUUAUUGGUUUUGGUUUCAAAAUAUUUGGCGCGAAACAGACAUGAGAGUCGAAGGAUUUGAGGGAGAGAUUAGUGAGGCGAUCGAGGUCUCUCAGCCAACGCUGCCGCCGUCGUUUCCGCGGGAUGUAGGAGAUGAUAGUGACAAGGACGGGGAGGAGCUGUUCGUGCCUCCUUUGAAUUUCGCUAUGGUCGAUAAUGGAGUUUUCAGAUCUGGUUUCCCUGAUUCCGCCAAUUUUAGGUUCUUGGAAUCGCUGGGGCUCCGUUCGAUUAUAUAUCUCUGCCCCGAGCCUUACCCAGAGGCCAAUAACGAGUUUCUGAAGGCUAAUGGAAUCCGGCUUUUCCAAUUCGGUAUCGAUGGAUGCAAGGAACCUUUUGUAAACAUUCCGGAGGAAACAAUUCGGGAAGCAUUGAAAGUAGUGCUAGAUGAAAAGAACCAUCCACUGCUAAUCCACUGCAAUCGAGGGAAGCACCGUACCGGUUGUCUCGUGGGAUGCCUAAGAAAAGUGCAGAGAUGGUGCUUGUCUUCCAUUUUUGAUGAGUACCAGCGGUUUGCCGCUGCCAAAGCAAGGGUGUCCGACCAGAGGUUCAUGGAGAGAUUCGAGGUUUGCAGCUUGAAGCACUUACCAAUAACGUUUUCAUGUUCAAAGAGAUAGCAGAACGUCAAUUGACAGCAUAAAAGUUUUUCUGCCAUAAUCGGAACAAAGCCAACCAACAAGACAAGAGUUUGAGUUUGAAUCGAACUUAUAGUCUUAUAUACUAUACUAUGUUUUCUUCCCCUGUUUCUUUUCUGGAUACUUGGCAUGGAUGGUUUACCUUUCUAAUAAAAAGAUUAUAUUCAAA